GCGGCCGGGGACGGCCCUCCCCACAGACCGCUUCCCCGUGCCGGGACGGCCCUUCCCUCAAACCACUUCCCCGUGCCGGGACGGCCCUUCCCUCAAACCACUUCCCCGUGCCGGAACGGCCCUUCCCUCAAACCGCUUCCCCGUGCCGGGACGGCCCUCCCCACAGACCCACAGACCGCGCUAAGUUGUCAAAUAAAGCAGAGGUCCCGGACCCCGCUUGCAGGACCAUUGCAGCUCAGGGAGAUGUGCCGUGGCCCUAGCACCCUUUCCGGCCCGUCCGGGAGCGCAGGCUCCACUUUUCUCCUGGAAUGGUCAUUUCUCGAGCAACACAGGGACCACUUGGAUGGACAGAAGUCACUGCUGAAAACUUUCCCUCAUCAAGGCUACAGCUUUCAGCUUCACUCACCAGGAGAUAGAGAGCAAAUGAGAUCCAAAUGAUGAAGAAAUUGAAACCCAGAGAAGUGAGAGGACUUAUUCAAAGUCAUGCAGUAACCUAGGAGCAGAGCCAGAAUUAGAGCCCCAACUCCUGACAGCCAGGUAAAACAAAUCCAGGGGCAGAACAUAAACUUAUGCUGAACCCUGAUAUGAAAGUUAAUAGGCACUGAACUGCCAGCUGCCAGUGAAGUGCCAAUGCAAAAGAGAUGCUGGGCUGAUGGAUGCCAGAGACAGAGGUAGAAAUGUCCCCAUUUCAAGCCUGACAUGUCUGCAGGAAUUCCGGCCUGCCACUUUUUGGGUCUUUGGACACAUUCUACCCAGAGGCCUCUCAGCUGACGAGUUUUCCCUCACAGCAGGCAACAGCAGACUGCCAGUGAUUGCUGGCUGGAGAGACAGAAAGCAAGCAUUAUGCUUCUAUGACAACCCAAAUAGCACCAUCUCCAGGAAGAUUUCCCUGCAACCUUCCCUGAUCUCCACUGCCCCUCAAUAUUGCAUUUCUCCCUCAAGGAGCCAUGACUCUGGUGAUGUCCCUGCUCCUCUUGGAACAAAUGUCACUAUCAAUGGUGUGACAGCUGGUGCUGUGAGAAGACUUCACACAGAUCUUCAUUCACUGGUUCUGCCACUCACUUCCUGAGCCUUAGUUUCCUCAACUGCAAAAUGAAGACAGUAAUCUCAGGAGCACAGAGUACUAAUCCCCUCCUGGGACUCUCUUUGGAAAUAAUUUGACAGUCCCAAUCUUCAAACUCACCUAAUGUGAUUGUGCCCAAAGAGAUAUCCUGGUGGCCCAGAACCACAAAUGAACAUUCACCAGGCCCAGUCUACUGGUGGCAGGCAUGCAUGCACGUGUGCCCAUCCCCACCCCACGCACACAUGCGCCUCCUCACCCAGACCUCCAGCCAACCGCAGCCAAGGAACAGACAGUAGCUAAUGAUACCUCUCCCAUCUUCUGGACAGAGUAAUUGCCAGGUAAGCAGUGGUGUGUGAGAGCCAGCCCUGUCUUCCUGCCUUCCCACUCAGUGGCAGUUCCCUGGAGCUAUCUACCCCCUCUGGAGCCUCAGCAGAUCCCUCUCAGAACAGGCUACCAAGAGCCCUCAGCAGGAGCCACCAUGCAGUGUUUCAGUUUCAUUAAGACCUUGAUGAUCAUCUUCAAUUUGAUCAUCUUUCUCUGUGGUGUGGCCCUGUUGGCAGUGGGCAUCUGGGUGUCAGUUGACGGGUCAUCCUUCCUGAAGAUCUUCGGAUCGUCGUCCACCAUCAUGCAGUUUGUCAACGUGGGCUACUUCCUCAUCGCGGCUGGCGCUGUGCUCUUUGUUCUUGGCUUCCUGGGCUGCUACGGGGCUCAGUAUGAGAGCAAGUGUGCCCUCAUGAUGUUCUUCGUCAUCCUCCUCCUCAUCUUCAUUGCUGAGGUUGCAGCUGGUGUGGUUGUCUUGGUAUACUCCAAAAAGAGCGAGGAAUUGCUGAAGCCAGUGAUCGUGUCCACUAUCAAGAAAGACUACGGUUCCCAGAAGGAUAUCACCCAACUGUGGAACUCCACCAUGGAAAAUUUAAAGUGUUGUGGCUUCAACAACUACACCGAUUUUGAAGAUUCUCCCUAUUUCAAAGAGCAGCAUGCCUUUCCCCCAUACUGUUGCCUUGACAAGAAUAACACAGCCAUGGGAAACUGUACGCAGGAGAAGGCUCAGGAGAUGCAUGUACAGGGUUGCAUGAAACAGAUUGUGCAUUCCAUUGAAGCCAACUCAGUCAUUGUUGGUGGUGUGGCAGCUGGAAUUGGGGCCUUAGAGCUGGCUGCCAUGAUUGUAUCCAUGUAUGUGUACUGCAAUCUGGAAUGAGUCCGCUUCUGCCUCCACCAGUGCUGCUGCCUGCUACAUGGGAGCUGGGAGGAGGUACCCUAGCACUGCUAAGCAGCAUGAUCAGGGUGGGGAUAGGAUCUAACAGUGGCACUUGGACUGGAGUAGGCCUGGCCUUGGUGUCUUGGACUUGGCACCAAAUAGGGAUCACCCCCUUCAGGCUGUGCCUGACUUUUCCUUCUGUCGUUGGGAAUGAAACCUCAAUGUAAGCCAGCUCUCCUGUCCAUUCCUCUAGUCUGUCCCUUAAGCCCUUGACACCCCUUCAGGCAAGGGGGUCUCUCAGUGACCCCAGUCCUCCCCUGGGAGAUGAGAGAAAGGUACCCUACAGCCUGGGAAUAUGCAAAAUCAGAAGUAACCAGGUGGAUAUGUAGAAAACACUACAGAAAUCAUGGACCAAUUAAAAUGUUUUCAUUUGGA